GUGGCAUUUGCUUCCGGCUGGCGUUGGGGGGUCAAAUGAAAGCACGUAUUCUCUCUCUCUAUCAACCCUUGCGAGACGGCGAGGCGGUGCCGUGGGCGACCUGACUUCUUCCUUUGGUGUCCUGCGCCGCUGCAAAACCCUCUAUUGGUUUGACGCUUCAAAGGUGGUUGAUUUUGGGUGGUUGCAUGAGUGGUGUUGACUGAAUUCUGAUUGAUUGUUGGCUGAUUCUGCUGCGGCAAAGAGCGGUCAUUUUGAGGGGUUGAGGAUGGAGAGGAUGGACAGGGUGGCUAAUUGCAAGGACAAAUUAGCAUAUUUUCGGAUAAAGGAACUCAAGCAUGUCCUUACCCAACUAGGUCUUUCAAAGCAAGGAAAGAAGCAGGACCUUGUUGAUCGGAUAGUGUCUGUUCUCUCUGAUGAGCAAGGAACAUGGGCCAAGAAAAAUGCUGUUGGAAAGGAUGAAGUGAUUAAGCUGGUUAAUGAAACUUACAGCAAAAUGCAGGCUUAUGGGCCUCUUAAUUUAGACACUGCAUCACUGCCCGUUUCCGAGAGUAGAGAUGUCAAACGUAAAGAUGAUAAGGAAGAUUCAUAUCAGAUGGAAAAAAUACGUUGCCUUUGUGGAAGCUCUCUGGCAACUGACUCUAUGAUUAAGUGUGAGGAUCCUAGAUGCAAUGUCUGGCAGCAUAUGGCAUGUGUAUUAAUUCCUGAGAAGCCCAUGGAGAGCGUUCUACCUAAUCCUCCAGACAUUUUCUUCUGUGAAAUUUGUAGACUAAAUCGAGCUGAUCCCUUCUGGGUCACCGUUGCACACCCUCUACAACCUGUAAAGCUGAACAUCACAAGUGUACCUACAGACAGUUCAAAUCCUAAUCAAAGCAUUGAGAAAACAUUUCAACUCACAAGGGCGGAUAGGGACUUGUUGUCAAAGCAAGAAUAUGAUGUUCAGGCAUGGUGCAUGCUUCUUAAUGACAAGGUUACGUUUAGGAUGCAGUGGCCGCAAUAUACAGAGCUACAGAUAAAUGGUGUAUCAGUGAGGGCUAUAAACAGACCUGGUUCUCAGAUGCUGGGGACACAUGGUCGAGAUGAUGGACCUAUUAUUACACCAUGCACCAGAGAUGGAAUAAAUAAGAUAUAUUUGGCAGGAGUAGAUGCUCGCAUAUUCUGUGUGGGAGUUAGACUUGUCAAGAAGCGCAGUCUGCACCAGGUUCUAAACAUGAUUCCGAAAGAGGGUGAAGGAGAACGUUUCGAGGAAGCACUGGCUCGUGUUCGCAGAUGUGUUGGUGGUGGAAAUACAACAGAAAAUGCUGACAGUGAUAGUGAUAUUGAAGUUGUUGCAGACUGCAUUUCGGUGUCUCUACGUUGCCCUAUGAGUGGUUUAAGGAUGAAGGUGGCCGGAAGAUUUAGCCCUUGUGCACACAUGGGUUGUUUUGAUCUUGAGGUUUUUGUUGAAAUGAACCAACGAUCUAGAAAGUGGCAAUGCCCGAUUUGUUUGACGAACUAUUCAUUGGAGAAAAUCAUCAUAGAUCCUUAUUUUAAUCGAAUCAUAUCUAAGUUUCAACAUUGUGAGGAAGAUGUGACAGAGAUUGAUGUGAAGCCUGAUGGCUCCUGGCGUGCCAAGGCAGAGGGCGAUCGCAAGAGUCUCGGGGAGCUUGGGCUGUGGCAUCUACCUGAUGGAACCAUCUGUCCUCAGGUGGAAGCAGAAUCAAAACCGAAAAUAGACCUUCAACCUGUUAAGCAGGAAUUGGGUUCUGAUAAUCAUGCUGGUCUUAGAUUAGGAAUGAAAAAGAACCAAGAUGGUUUCUGGGAAAUUAACAAACCUUAUGGGCUUCAGGGUAUUCCUUCUGCAAAUAGAUUUGAUCAGAAUAAUGGCCAUAUAAUUCCUAUGAGCAGCAGUGCCACCGGGAGUGGCAGAGAUUGGGAGGAUGGCAGUGUUAACCAGGAUGGGGGAGGGAAUCUCGAUUAUUCUGCAGUUAAUGGUGUUGAGUACGAGUCGUUAUCCAUGAAUAUUGAUACUACUCAUGGAUUUAGUGACAGGACAGCACAAGCUCCGACUGGGAAUGCUGAAUUGAUUGUCCUCAGCGAUUCAGAAGAUGAAAUCGAACCACCCCUAUUGCCCUCUGGAGCUGUUUACAAGAACAGUGGAAUCGAUGCUGCAGUCCCACAUCCAGAUUCACGGCAUGGCCUUCCUGAUUCUUUCUAUGAAAAUCCUGGUCUUGGUAAUGCUGGAAAUUCAUGCCUUGAUCUUUACAAUCCCAACGAUGAUGACCUCGGGAUUAACAUGUGGUCAUUGCCAUCUGGUAGCCAGGGAGGUCCGAGUUUUCAGCUAUUCGGUUCAGAUGUGGAUGUUGCCGAUGCCCUUGUUGACAUGCAGCAUGGCCCUCUAAACUCAUCAUCCAUCAAUGGCUACACAAUGACUGCAGAGAUGGCUAUGGGGUCAGCAGCACUUGUUCCUGAGCCUCCUGCUCAACAAUCUCAUUCCGAUAUGAAUGAUGGCUUGGUAGACAACCCACUGGCCUUUAAUGGGCAAGAUCCUGCACUUAAAAUAUUUCUUCCCACCAGACCAUUCGACGCCUCAGCCGCCCAAUCUAAUACGAGAGACCAUCCGGAAGUAGUCUCGAAUGGCAUUGGUGGUAGAGACGAUUGGAUUUCUCUCAGGCUUGGCGACGGUGUUGGAUCCGGUCAAGGUGAAACUAUGGCACCGAACGGGUUGGACUCAAGACAGCACUUGCAAUCGAGGGAUGGUGGUGCGUUGGGCUCAUUCGAUGAUGAUCUUACAGCAUCGUUGUCUCGGCAGGGAACGAAGGAGAAUAGGUCUGGUAAGAUACGUAAGGAAAGAUCAUCAUCAGAUAGUCCAUUUUCAUUUGCUCGCAAAGGGCGGCCAGUAAAACAAAAAUUAUACUUGUCUAUUGAUUCAGACACUGAGUGAAGCUGUUUGGGCAUGCAGUAUACAAAUAAUGGAAGCAAGCUAUAGAGAGAUAGAAGCAUCCAAUCGAUCUCCGGGUAAAUUAUGAUUGAUUAUAGUAUAUACUCUCAAUUUCGAUGUAUCAUUAUUGUUUUUUGGAGAGCUGGUCAGGGUAUGUGUCAUGAGGUGUUUUUUGCCUUUCCAAACUGGUGGGGCAUUCUUUUUUAUUUUUAUUUUUUUGAAAGUUCAGAUAUAGAAAAAAAGUAUUAUUGGUAGCGAAUUCUUAAUUCAAAACUGAUAAACGCAGAAAAAAGAUAUAUACUUUCUUUGUUUUAAAGUU